CUGUGUUUUUAUAACAUCUGUAACACGAAAUAUAUUGUUAUUGUUUGUUAUUGUUGUUUUUAUUGUUACUGGUUAAUACGAUUUACUUUAAAAGAGUGGUUGCACUAGAGGAGCAUUUUUUUUUUUUGCAAUGCAACAUUAAAACCCUCUGAUUCAAUUGUAAUAAAUACUCAAUUAAACCGUUUCUUGUGUAAAAAAAUGUUAUAAAAAAAAAUUAAAAUAUCAAAAAAUGUCAUAUCAUUACAGUUUUUUGGCAAAAAAAUAAGUAUUUUAAAAUUAAAAAAAUGGCAAAAACGAUUGGUAUUCUUUUAUGCGACGAAACGUAUGGUGAAGAUUCCGUUGGAAAAUUCUACAUCGAUCUUUUCAAAAAAAAUGAAGUUGAAAACUGGGAAUACUUUAAAGUAGUUUCGGGAUGCAUCCCUGAUUUGAAUAGUUUACAUAAUUAUAUAGGAUUUAUUUUAACAGGAUCCUGUUGGUCGGCUAAUGACCAAGCAAAAUGGAUACUCGAUCUAGUUGAAUUUAUAAAUCACGUCAUUCAGAGCCAACUGAAAUCGAACGAUGCCCCAAAGCUUUUCGGUUUUUGUUUUGGACACCAAUUGAUUUGUAAGACAUUAGGAGCACGUGUUACCAAAAACGAAGUUGGAAGAUUUAUUAUAUCUGAAACAGAUAUCAAAGUUUUUAAUUGUCUUCAAAACAAAGAGUUUUAUAAAAGAGUAUUCCACGAUAAAAAAUAUAUACGCGUAGUAAAACUACACGAGGAAGAAGUGACUGAUUUACCUCCAAACGCUAUUCUUUUAGGUUCUUCAGAAUACUGCAAAAAUGAAAUUGUAUCUUUUGGAGAUAAAAUUUUAUCUAUGCAAGGUCAUAUGGAUAUUUCAGAAGAAGAUCUCCUUGGUACAUAUCUUACUACACUUAAAGACUUAGGAAAGAUUAAUGAAGCAGACGAAAUCAUUCUUAUAAAUAGUAUUAAGGAAAAACAAAACGACUGUUCAAAUGUAAUAGAAAUGGUUCGACAGUUUUUUUAUCUAUAAAUAUUUUGUAUGUAAAACUUAAACUUUUGUAAGUAAAAAUUUAGUAUACAUUUUAAAAUGUAUAUAAUUAAAUAUUUUUUAGUCGAUUUAUGCAAAUUUUAAAUGGUCACAAACAAUUUUUUAUUUGUUUAAGAGGUGCCACAACUCUAACCAAAUGUUAU